UGAACACACAUGAAGUCCUCGUAGAUGGGAGUAUUUAAACCAUCACUCACAGCGAGCUGUGCGAUCUGUGCUGAAACUGGAGCCUCCUGGAGGCUCUUUUUCUUUCCUGGGUGGAAAUUUCCUCUUCAGAUUCUUUGAUCGAGUCCAAACCGUGACGGCACGGAAGACGGGCGCAGAUCAACGUCCUGAUUUUCUGAAGCAAAGAGUGAGGCGGUGCCACAAUGGGUGACUUUAAUCAUGUGAUAAUAUGUAAGGUGUCGACACGUUACACAUUUUAAGUAACGAGCCCGACGAUGACGAGCGGCUGUGCGUCUUGGACGCCGGAGACGCGCAACGGCAUGAGGAGCUCAGUCUGUUUGGAGCCACCGGCUGAGAUCAUUCAUCACUGCCAGCACUGACUGACCGGCCGACUGAACAGAUAGCGGGAUACAAACAGACUCUUUAUGUCUCUGUGAAAUAUCCGUCAACAAAAGAUGGAUGUCCUCCUCGCCCCCCCCAAAAGAUACGACAGCGACGGGUGAGUGAAAUCGGAGAUGCUGCGCACGGCGGCCAAAAUCCCGGAGCUUUUGUGAACAGGGCUGUGGGUGUGUGCGCGUCAGGCUCGCUGUUAAACCUUCAGACUGCAUUCGCCAACUUCCCCCGCUUUCAUCAAGUCAUGUCUGAUACAGAGCGAUGGGCAAGUUUGACGACAACGAGAGGAUAAUCCUCAACGUCGGGGGGACGAGGCACGAGACCUACAAAACCACCUUAAAGACGCUGCCGGGGACGCGACUGGCCCUGCUCGCCUCCGAUUCGGACAUCGACUCCGUGCUGGAUCAGCUGCAACAAGUCCCCGGCUUCAUCGAGUACAACGCGCGGACCAACGAGUACUUCUUCGACCGUCACCCGGGCGUCUUCGCCUACGUCCUCAACUACUACCGCACCGGCAAGCUUCACUGCCCGGCGGAUGUGUGCGGACCGCUGUUCGAGGAGGAGCUCUCCUUUUGGGGCAUCGAUGAGACGGACGUGGAGCCCUGCUGUUGGAUGACAUACCGACAGCACCGGGACGCGGAGGAGGCUCUGGACGUGUUCGAGCUCAACGUGGACAACGGAGACGAGGACGACGAGAUAGGGAAGAGACUCGGCAUCGAGGACGUGGCUGCCGACGGGAAUGUCAGCCUGUGGAGGAAGUGGCAGCCGGUAAUCUGGAAUCUGUUCGAGGACCCCUACUCAUCCAGGGCGGCGAGGUUUAUUGCCUUCGUGUCUUUGUUCUUCAUCCUGGUUUCCAUUACCACCUUCUGUUUGGAGACUCAUGAGGCUUUCAACAAAAUCAUCAACAAGACUGAUGUGGCGCGGGACAGCAACGUGACCGACUCAGGUCCACAGUAUGAGAUCGAAACGGAUCCUGCUCUUACGUAUGUGGAAGGUGUUUGUGUCUUCUGGUUCACCAUUGAGUUCCUGGUGCGUGUGACCUUCUGCCCAGUCAAGUUGGAGUUUUUUAAGAGUCUUCUUAACAUCAUCGACUUCGUGGCUAUCUUGCCUUUCUACUUGGAGGUUGGGCUGAGCGGCCUUUCUUCAAAGGCUGCCAAGGAUGCGUUGGGUUUCCUCAGGGUGGUUCGUUUUGUUCGUAUUCUGCGUAUCUUCAAGUUAACACGACACUUUGUGGGACUUAGAGUACUGGGCCACACGUUACGGGCUAGCACCAAUGAAUUCCUGCUGCUCAUCAUCUUCCUGGCAUUGGGAGUGUUAAUUUUUGCCACAAUGAUAUACUAUGCCGAAAGAAUCGGCGCCAAGCCCAAUGAUCCCACGGCUACCCUCCACACUAAGUUCAAGAACAUCCCCAUCGGCUUCUGGUGGGCUGUGGUAACCAUGACAACACUGGGAUAUGGUGAUAUGUAUCCAGAGACCUGGUCAGGUAUGGUCGUGGGCGCAUUAUGUGCUUUAGCUGGUGUGCUGACGAUAGCCAUGCCUGUGCCCGUUAUCGUCAAUAACUUUGGGAUGUACUAUUCUCUGGCUAUGGCCAAGCAGAAGUUACCUAAAAAGAGGAAGAAACAUAUCCCUCAAGCAGUGCAGGGAGGGUCCCCCACCUACUGCAAAGCUGAUCUCAACACCACCUGCAACAGUACUCAAGGUGACCUGUGCCACGUCAAAGGGAGCAGGGUACUAGAACGCAACCGUUCAGUUCUGUCUGUAGACUGCAGCGGGGGCAGCGACCUCACCAUGUCUCCUGAGGAGAGGGUUCCCAUGCGUAGGUCCAGCACCCGAGAACAGGACCGCCGGAGUGGGGGGACCUGUUUCCUGCUUGCUGCCAGUGAUUACACCUGCCCUGCAGACGGAGGGAUACGAAAGACAGAUAACUGCAAAGAGGUUGUCUUUACUGGUUUUACACAAGCAGAGAGCAGCGUUCUAUCUUAAUGGCUUGAAGAAAGGCACCGCCAUAGUGGAAAGGUAAAGGAAUGAGGGUGCGGUGCCAUCUCACCCUUUUCUUGGCUAUUUUUCAGUGUGUGUGUGUGUGUGUGGGGGGGCAUAGACAGGUAGCAUUUUAUUCAUGAGGCAAUGUCCAUAAAAAAUAAAUAGAUGUACGUCCCCAGACUACACAGUUGAAAUUGAAGCUAAUCAGUCUUUUUGACAAUGACAGGCAUAAACUGCCUCUGUGUACCAACAGGUGUGGGGAAGCAGACGUAACCAUGCAGCAGUGUGCCUCGCCCAUCACUACAGUAUGUCUAUAGAAGUAGCAGGAGGUUGCUAAGCAACUGGCUCACAACUAGAUGCAUCUUCCACGUAGCUCGGCAAAAAGUCAAACUAUCAGAAAGAGGAGCUUGUCUUUGUCUUUGCACCUAGUUAUUGAUUCACGCCUUACAUGAACGACCCCAGCACACAGACGAGCCUUUAGAAAUAAAAUUUUGUACUGUUUUGAUUUUUGUGCAUAUAUUUUUAAACAGACAGCGUGUGCAUGGUGAGAUCUGAUGCAUUUCUUUCAUCCAAACAUGUGUUUAUAUUUUAUUUAGACAAUUCAUUUCCUAUUUGAAUAACAGUGGGAUAAAUUGUCAUCUGUAUGAGGACCUAUUGCAGUGGGAAGACCUCAUUUGGAGCCAUAAGGCCACGCCUACAGGACAAUAAGGAUGAGGACGCACCCGAGAGCCACUGACUGACAGGCUGUCGGUGAGCAGACUGGAAGACUCACAAAAAAUUCUUAUUUUGAAAAGGAGAGGAAAGCAAACUGGGCUCGUCCUUAAAAGAGACUAUCUAGUGUGUAGAUUCUGCUCCUGUAAAUACAAAACAACACAGCACAUCUGGGCCAUGUGGCUCUGUCCACACAUCUGUCUUUUGAUAUAGCGAGUCAGGUACGAGGCGGCUCGCUGCUACGUUGCGCCGUUGACACUCUGAGUCGAUCAUCUUGCUGUGAUAUCCCUCCUUGCAAUAAAUGUAUUGAGACGCAUCAGUCGAGACACUUUGUGUUCAAAACAAGGAGUGUGUUCAUAUAUGAAAUUCCACACCGAGUAUAUACAGUGUAGAGAGGCAACGUUGAACAAAUGUGACAUUACGAUCAUCUCUGCUUUUGUUUCUCUCUGUAAUUUCAGUAGGUUAAUUGCUGCUGUGUGUAACUGUGUGUGUGCGUGCGUGUGUGCGUGUCCUAACAAUCCAGGGUAAGGUCUAUAGCUUGAAAGGCCCGGUCAGAGAAGACCAGCGAGUGGACUCGAUGCUGUCACUCUUGUACAUUUAGCACAAACAGAAAUGAGACAGAGCUCCCCUGUGAUGCAGUGCCGUUGUAGAAGUCCCCUCUCUACCCUGCGUUAGUGCUGCAGACGUUCAUCUCUAUACAAACCAAAUUGUUCUGACCAGACUAUUCCUCAUGACUCCUGGUGGCUAACAAAAAUAACUUGAUUCUUCCAGAUCUUUCCCCUUGUGGGGGUGAAGCAAACGUGUAGCAGAAGUUUACCAAGUUAUACAGCGGGACUUCUAGAAUGGCUACAUCUGCACCGUAGCAAUCCCACAUACCCACACAAUCAGAUUGGAUUCGCAAUAAGCACCCGAAAAACAAAAGCACCGAUCCACACUGUGAUUUCAGGAGCCUGUUAAAACAGGAAGGUGAAGGAAAACGAGUGAAAAAGCAGCUGGAGAAGCUGCCAGGCGAGAUCUGAAAGUGGCACAACCGGCACAGUUGUAGGCUAGCUGUUCCAGUGUCGCCCUGAACCCACCAUCCUCCUCAUGUAGUACACACGCUGCUUCACUCUUUGAAUUGACAAAGGGGUACCGUUCUUCGUGUAUUUCUAGGAUGAUGUUAUAACUUGAAAAAAAAGGUGUUUAUUUUUUUGAAACCAGAACAUGUAUUUUUGUGUCUUACUGUGGAGUACUUUGCUCUUUCCUGUAAAGUCCUGGUAGUCUGAUGCUGUGCUUCUACAUCGUGUCCUCCAACUGUCAGGCUUUUGAUCCAAGUUCAUGUUUCGUAUGUUUUACUGUGAGCAUAAUUCUAGUUUUUGUAAUUCUGUAUUUGUGGAGCCUUUUGUUGGCAAGUGCAUGCUGAAAAGAAAAAUCAUUAUGUCAAAUUGUAAAAAAAAAUAAAAUAAGAUGACAUAUUGUAUAUCACGUUCAAAACAAUGUGUAUAGAGUAAAGGUAAAUACUA